AUGGAGAUCAAGGACCUGGAUCAUGAUUGCUUUUUAGUUAGAUUGGAUAAUGAACAGGACUAUUUCCGGGCUCUGACCGACGGACCAUGGGUGAUCUUUGAUCACUAUUUGAUCGUUCAACAGUGGACUCCAAAUUUCAAGGCCUCGGAUCCCCUUCCGAAGACUAUGAUCGUCUGGGUACAGCUGCCGGCAUUGAAAAUUCAUUUUUACCACAAAGAGGUGGUGACAACGAUUGGUAACCUGAUCGGGAGGACUAUCAAGCUUGAUUAUCAUACCCUCACGCAACAACGUGCGAAGUUUGCCAGGUUAGCGGUGGAGGUUGAUCUGUCAAAGCACUUGGUACCGCGAAUUUGGCUGGAUGACGCCUGGCAAAAAGUGGAAUAUGAAAACCUUCCAGAGGUGUGUUUCGAGUGCGGAAGAAUUGGGCAUUGCUCUGUCGCGUGCCCACUCCUCAGACCUGCUGUUCUGGUGAAUUCCACAGUGGCCGCCGGUGGGGAGUCGCCGGUCGGUUUGAUGCCCGGCGAGGAUGACCCCAAUCCGGGGUUUGGGCCAUGGAUGCUGGUGUCCAGGAAGUCAAGGCGGGUUUCACGGGAGGGUCAAGGGAAAGGGAAUCAUGAUCGCGACGGGGCAGCUCAAAUUGCGGUGUUGGGUCCUAAACAGGGUAAGCGCGGUACAGGAGGGAAAGAUGCAAAUAAGGACUUACCUUCUCAAUCCCUCAACAACGGCCCCUUACCUCAUAGGAAUCAUGCUCAGGAAAGGAAAGAUCAAUCAGGGAAGAAGAUCAGCGAUGGGAGUAAGAAAGGUAACGAGAAGAAGGAGAGUGGUGUUGGGGGAAAGGGGAAAGGGCUUUUGGGCCCAGGCCCGGAGGUAGCCGAGCCCAAGCUAAGCAGGCCGAAGCCCAGUUUGGAGGUGGAUGAGGCCUCGACCUCAGCCCAGCAGUCUCGAAUCACUCCACAAGCAGUUACCAAGACGGCCCGAGUUUCUUGUGAGAACAAAAUUCAGUCUCCCCAAGAGCCCAAGGGGCAUCCUCCGCUGCUUCUCACGACUAAAACCGUUACAGGCCAAAACGGCACCGUGUUGCAGGUAGUUGAAAUCCCUCAAUCAUCGAAGGAGAAUGCCGAUCCAAAUCUCAGCUCUGCUCCGUCUCUAACAGCCCGAACGAAAAACAGAAAGGCGAAGAGUUCCCAGCAAAAGAAAUCCCCCACCAAGCUCAAUACGGCGAAGCCUCUCCAGAUUUGGUCGCCGGUUAAAGACAGGAAACCUAAAUCCAAAGCUCGGGCGGCGAUGCUGACUUUGCAAGAGAUCAAUGCCUGGACCGAAGCAGCUAGGAUCUCUACAGGGGAAGUAGGGGGGAAAGCUUUUACGGCUCAGGCGACUUGCGAUCCUUUGACGGAAACCCAGACCGCGGAGACACCUCCGUCGUCGUAA